UGUGGGACAAGAUUUUUUUGUUCCAAAAGUUGCGAUAAAGCUUCGCGAUAACCAGCCAGCUCUUGCUACCCGCAUCGGAUCAUCACAGGGCACGGAAUAACCAUUCGGCCACCAGUACACAACCUGCAAACAAUUAGCGGAGAAGAAGAGCAAUUGCGUCGUCAGCCGACCAAACGAAAAAAGACACGAUCUUAAAACAGACCAACAGCUCAAGCCAUGGCGAAGAAGAGAGCGAGAGAGGCGGACGGCGCGACCGGCCCUUCUGAGAAGAUGGCCGUCGAUGGUGCCGAGAGCUCUGACGACGAGGACUUCGACAUGGUCAACGUGGAAUUCGAGUGGUUCAACUUUGACGCCGACAUUGACUUCCACGGCACAAAGGCCCUGCUGCGCCAGCUGCUCGACGUCGACGCCUCGCUGCACGACAUCUCUGGCCUCGCGGACCUCAUCCUGUCCCAGCCGACAGUGGGGUCGACGGUCAAGGUCGACGGCAAGGAGACGGACCCGUACGCGAUGCUCACGGCGCUGAACUUGCGCGAGCACGCGGGCAACAAGGGCAACAAGGCCGUCGUCGAGCUGGUGCGCUACCUCGCCGACAAGGCGGCCUCCUCCUCAUCGACAGGGAAGGACAGCAGCAGCAACAACAACAACAACAACAACCUCGCGAGCGUGGUGCCGGAGUUAUUACAAGCGCAAACCAGCAACAGCGGCGGCCAGGCGCCGACGGUCGGCCUGAUCCUGGCGGAGCGGCUGAUCAACAUGCCCGCCGAGAUCUCGCCACCCAUGUACCGGAUGGUGAUUGACGAGAUUGCCGACGCGGUCGAGGACAAGGAGCCUUACGAGUUCACGCACUACCUGGUCCUCUCCAAGACGUACCAGGAGGUCGAGGGCAAGAAGAGGGGGAGGCAGGAUCCGACGGCGGCGGCGGCGGCGGCGGACACGACGUGGUACUUCCACCCAGAGGACGAGGUGCUGCACCGGUACGCGGCCGCGCACGGGAGCUACUCGUUCACCAAGCACGACGAGAGCAUCGCCGACAGCAAGCGCGCGUUCCAGGAGAUGGGCAUCAGGCCGCAGGGCCACAUGAUUCUGAUUGAGGCGGGCAGGUUUGCAGAGGCCGUCAAGGCCAUCAGUGAUUACCUGGCUCCUCCGUCUUGAAGCUUUGUGGAUAAGAGGCAAAACUUGAUUCGAGAAAGCAACACUGAAAUAGAGUAAAACAUGAUCAAAGCACAUAAGCU